GAUGGAAGAACUGAGUCAAGCCCUAGCUGGUAGCUUUUCUGUGUCUCAAGAACUGAAUAGCACAGCUGCCCCACACCCUCGCCUCUCCCAAUACAAGUCCAAGUACAGUUCCUUGGAGCAAAGUGAGCGGCGGCGCCAGUUGCUGGAACUACAGAAAUCCAAGCGGUUGGAUUAUGUGAACCAUGCCAGAAGACUGGCUGAAGAUGACUGGACAGGGAUGGAGAGUGGGGAAGAAGAUAAGAAAGAUGAAGAGGAAAUGGACAUUGACCCUGGCAAGAAGUUACCAAAACGCUAUGCUAAUCAAUUGAUGCUUUCUGAGUGGUUAAUUGACGUCCCUUCAGAUUUGGGGCAAGAAUGGAUUGUGGUUGUGUGUCCUGUUGGGAAAAGAGCCCUUAUCGUGGCCUCCAGGGGAUCAACCAGUGCCUACACCAAGAGUGGCUACUGUGUCAAUAGGUUUUCUUCCCUUCUGCCAGGAGGCAACAGGAGAAACUCAACAACCGCCAAAGACUACACCAUUCUGGACUGCAUUUACAGUGAGAUGAACCAGACCUACUAUGUUUUGGAUGUGAUGUGCUAGGGACACCCUUUUUAUGACUGUCAGACUGAUUUCCGAUUCUACUGGAUGCACUCAAAGUUACCAGAAGAAGAAGGACUUGGAGAGAAAACCAAGAUUAAUCCUUUUAAAUUUGUGGGGCUAAAGAAUUUCCCGUGUACCCCUGAGAGCCUGUGUAAGGUGCUGUCUAUGGAUUUUCCUUUUGAGGUAGAUGGACUUCUCUUCUACCAUAAACAGACCCACUAUAGCCCUGGGAGUACUCCCUUGGUGGGCUGGCUGCGCCCCUACAUGGUGUCAGAUAUUCUAGGUGUAGCCGUGCCAGCUGGCCCACUGACCACCAAACCAGAAUAUGCUGGGCACCAGCUCCAACAGAUUAUUGAGCACAAGAAGAGCCAGGAGGACAUGAAGGAUAAACUCACACACAAGGCUUCUGAGAAUGGGCACUAUGAGCUGGAGCACCUAUCUACUCCAAAGUUGAAGAGUCCUCCCCACAGCCCCGAGAACCUCAUGGACAACUAACAAGGACAGCCCACAAAAGACUGGGGAAGAGGACAGUGGUGAUAGCAAUAGGUGACCUUAUUUCAGAGUGCACUUUCCAAACCCACCCCACUGGAAACAGCUCAACACCCCUGUCUGGAAUGUUGGCUCAGACUUUUGGGGGGUGGGUCUCUACUGGGUGGAGUUGGAAUCCAGGUAGAUUUGAAUAUCUCUUUGCUGUGUGCAUAUAUCCCAGGUCCACAAUGUAAAUAUAUGCGAUUCUUAAGAAAAAGGUUGCUUAUGAUUAUUAAGAUUUAGAUAUCUCUUCCACCUUCCCCUUACUCCCUUACUUAUGGCAUGACUGUUCAAAUCUUGGCCCAUUUCACCCCUUUUAGCACUUGAACAUUCUGCUGAGUUUCCAGUUGCUGUUGGUAAUGCCAUUUUCUGAAAGGUCUUACCAGGAACUGCAGUUCUUGGUAUUUGAAUAUGUUCCUUCUUCUGAGAAAACAAGUGUGAUUUUUCUACGGUUUAGACCUUCCCAGAGAUAAAAUGCUAAUGGGUUCAUUUACUUCAAGAAAUGUUAGAGCCCCUAUCAGGAGAUAAACCUCAAGCUGUGCCUCUGAGAUGUGGGUUAUAGAGGUAGACAAGACCUUGAGGGUUGUGUUAUCCAGUAAGAAAUAAACCCCAUAGUGUGUAGAGCAUGGUGAAAUGAUUGCUUUAGUGCAGAAAGGUACCUAGAGCUUAGGGGCAAAGGAAGAGCAGAUUUCACAGAGGAGGGUGGAGCUGGGCUAAGGCAGACCAGGAAGAAAGCAGGUCCUCAGAGUUAGAUGUUAGUAGCAGCAUUCCCCUAGAGCAGGGUGGGAUUUGAUCGAAUCAAGUAGGUUCAGCAUGGCUCAAGUACAAAAUACAAGUGGAGAGUUAGGGAGAGGAGGCUGGAAGACAGAGGGAGCUUAGAUUUUGUCCUAGUCAGGGAGUUAAGGAAAAGCCCUGGUGCAAGAUUCCUUCAGAAGCAAAGCUCCUCAUCAGCUAUGAAAGUAGAAGAUGGUGUUUAGAAUUAAACAGUUAGUUUUCACUCCAUUCAGAAAGUAUAUUCCAGGUCCUGUGGCCUCAAUCUGCAGCCCACUCUGCUUUCCACUUUGUUAGGACCUCUCUUACUGGACGAACUGACCUCACCAUUCUCUUCAACAGAAAGUCUCCCCUUGGAAAAACUUUCAAAGGGAUCUAGGUCCGAUCUUGAGUGAACUCCCUUUGAGUUCCUUAGUUCUGAGAACAGAGCCGGUGGUUCUGUUCAGAAGUAGUGGUUAGGCAGAGCCUGCUCACACAGGUCAGCACAUCCAGGGAGCUCGUCCAAGUAUCUGCUCUCACGGGGUGUAAGCAGCUUUCUGAUCAGACAGGAAGAACUCGGCUCUGACUCUCAGCCGGUGAGAGCCCACUGACACAGGUUUAGGCAUUUGCCUGUCUAAGCUCUUUCCUGUAUUUAGGUCAGAUUUGCUAUAUAAAUACAGUGGUGUUCCUUAUGUUAAGGAACAUUUCUGCAGGCUGACCUUGAACUUGCUUUUCUGCCCAGGCAAAGCCUUGAAUUUUCAAUCAAGUCUCAGCCUCCCAAGUCUCUGGGAUUAUAUGCCUUCGCCCCCAUCCCUAGCCUGUUUGAGAGUCUUUUGAAUUCUUCAGUUUUCUUUCAGCAGCCAGCUUUAUCAAUCUGGGGACUGUGCAUGUCAAUGUCCUAGCAAUUUGGUCAGACUUGACUUAGUAAUAAGCCUAGGCUUUGGGUAUGGUGGCUUAUGCCCAACACUUUUAGGAAGCUGAGACAGAAGGAUUGCCAUGAGUUUGAGGCCAACCUGGGCUAUAGUCUGAACACUAUCUCAAAAAUAAUUAAAUAAGGAGGUAAACCCCAAAAUAAACCUGGAAGGAUCACUUCCUCAAAUUACCCACUCUGGAGACAGAUGCAUGUAUAAGUCAAAACAUGUUUCAACUAAAGUUAACAAUUAACAAGUACAAUUUGAUAUGUUUAAAAUAAAUAUUUCCUAAUAUCUUUAA